AAAAGGGGAGAAUUAUUGAGCAGUGAGCCCCGCCGCUCCUUUUAGGGAUUCUUCCGUAUGCUAACCUACACUGCAAACUGACUCGCGGCGGCUGUCUAUUUGUUGUCGUCAUCAUCUCUCUCCUUUUGACACACCAUUUCUCUCUCUCUCUCUCUCUCUCACACACACACACGCACACAUUUAUUUGCAGCGGAACUCCAAUCACUCAAACCCUAGAAAAAAACAACCUUUGAAUUCUGUAAAGACUGCUCUUUUAUCCAGCCACACGGACGAAUCUCCGCCAGCCGCCAGUUUUUGCUGUUAAGAGAAGAUGAGCCACAGCGUGCAUCACUGCAGCAAUGUUUUCUGUAAGUCUUUUCAAGCCAAUCGAUAUUUACCUUCAGCGAAGCCUUUCCCACGUUUUUUCCAGCAAAACAAAUUAGCCUCAAAGAGGAAUCCCAAUACCAUCAGCUUUUCAUCUCGGCCAUUGAUAUUGAACUGUGCAAAGUCUCAAAACGAGCGUGGAGAUGUUAAGAAUGGCAGUGAUUUGGGGAAUGGAGCGACUUUUACUCCCUCGAAAGUUGGUAAAAGAACCGAUAUCAAGAAGAUUUUAAUAUUAGGUGCAGGGCCUAUUGUUAUAGGGCAAGCUUGCGAGUUCGAUUAUUCCGGCACUCAAGCUUGCAAAGCCCUUAAAGAGGAAGGGUAUGAAGUAAUUCUGAUCAAUUCAAACCCUGCUACCAUAAUGACCGAUCCCGAUCUAGCUGAUAGGACCUACAUUGAGCCAAUGACACCCGAAUUAGUCGAGCAAGUGCUUGAAAAAGAGAGGCCCGAUGCUCUUUUGCCCACCAUGGGCGGGCAGACCGCGCUCAAUCUCGCGGUGGCAUUAGCUGAGAGCGGUGCACUGGAGAAGUACGGGGUUGAGCUUAUUGGGGCGAAGCUCGAUGCUAUCAAGAAAGCUGAAGAUCGAGAUUUGUUUAAGCAGGCGAUGAAGAGUAUUGGGCUGAAGACUCCUCCUUCGGGAAUUGGAACAACAAUUGAGGAAUGUUUCGACAUUGCCUCUUCGAUUGGGGAGUUCCCUCUCAUUAUCCGGCCUGCAUUCACACUGGGCGGGACAGGUGGCGGUAUUGCUUAUAACAAAGAGGAGUUUGAAGCCAUUUGCAAGUCGGGGCUUGCGGCUAGUGUGACUACUCAGGUUUUGGUGGAGAAGUCUUUGUUGGGCUGGAAAGAGUACGAGCUCGAGGUGAUGAGAGACCUGGCUGACAAUGUGGUGAUUAUUUGCUCGAUCGAGAAUAUCGACCCCAUGGGGGUCCACACGGGCGACUCCAUCACGGUAGCUCCUGCCCAAACUCUGACCGACAAGGAGUACCAGCGGCUCAGGGAUUACUCUGUUGCUAUUAUAAGGGAAAUCGGAGUUGAGUGUGGCGGUUCGAAUGUUCAGUUUGCUGUUAACCCUGAAGAUGGAGAAGUGAUGGUGAUUGAGAUGAACCCUAGAGUUUCGAGAUCGUCCGCCUUGGCCUCGAAAGCUACUGGUUUCCCCAUAGCUAAGAUGGCUGCCAAGUUAUCCGUAGGGUAUACAUUGGAUCAGAUUCCUAAUGACAUCACGAAGAAAACACCUGCAAGUUUUGAGCCUUCAAUCGACUAUGUUGUAACCAAGAUACCUAGAUUUGCGUUUGAGAAGUUUCCUGGAUCGGAGCCAAUUUUGACUACACAGAUGAAGUCUGUGGGUGAAUCCAUGGCUGUGGGGCGGACAUUUCAAGAAUCGUUUCAGAAAGCAUUGCGUUCGCUGGAAACUGGCUACUAUGGGUGGGGUUGUGCACAGGUCAAGGAACUUGACUGGGAUUGGGAACAGAUAAAAUACAACCUGAGAGUACCUAGUCCAGAUCGUAUCCAUUCUGUGUACGCUGCAAUGAAACGAGGAAUGAAAGUGGAUGACAUCCACGAUUUGAGUUUUAUAGACAAAUGGUUCCUUACACAGCUUAAAGAACUUGUAGACGUGGAACAGUAUAUUCUGGCCCGUAAUUUGUCACAGUUGACAAAGGAUGAUUUCUGGGAAGUGAAGAGAAGAGGCUUCAGUGAUAAGCAGAUAUCAUUUGCUACGAAAUCCACCGAGAAAGAAGUUCGAUCAAAGAGGCUAUCUUUAGGCGUCAAACCAGCGUAUAAGAGAGUUGACACGUGUGCAGCAGAGUUCGAGGCUGAUACUCAGUACAUGUACUCAUCUUAUGAGUUCGAGUGUGAAUCUGCUCCCACCGAAAGGAAAAAAGUUUUGAUUUUGGGCGGUGGACCGAAUCGAAUUGGACAGGGUAUUGAAUUUGAUUAUUGCUGCUGCCAUACUUCCUUUGCCCUCCAGGAUGCAGGAUAUGAAACAAUCAUGAUGAAUUCAAACCCGGAAACAGUAUCAACAGAUUACGACACGAGUGACCGUCUCUACUUUGAACCACUCACUGUCGAAGAUGUUAUCAACAUAAUCGACUUGGAAAGACCCGAUGGAAUCAUCGUGCAAUUCGGAGGGCAAACUCCGCUCAAACUGUCUCUCCCCCUACAGCAAUAUCUAGACGAGCACAAGCCCAAGUGCAGAAGUGGGUCCGGAUUCGUUCGCAUUUGGGGCACAUCGCCCGAUUCAAUCGAUGCAGCUGAAGACAGGGAGAGGUUCAACGCAAUCUUGACCGAGCUAAAAAUUGAGCAGCCAAAGGGAGGAAUCGCAAAGAGUGACAAAGAUGCCCUUGCUAUUGCAGCAGAGAUUGGCUACCCAGUUGUGGUUCGGCCUUCCUAUGUUUUGGGCGGCCGUGCGAUGGAGAUUGUCUACAGUGACGAAAAGCUCAUAACCUACCUCGAAACUGCAGUUGAAGUUGACCCCGAACGCCCAGUACUAGUAGACAGGUACUUAUCUGACGCGAUCGAGAUUGAUAUAGACGCACUCGCUGACUUGCAUGGCAACGUUGUGAUUGGUGGAAUAAUGGAGCACAUUGAACAGGCUGGGGUCCACUCCGGUGACUCAGCAUGCAUGCUCCCGACAAAAACAGUCUCUUCUAAAUGCUUGGAAACUAUUAGGUCAUGGACAACGAAGUUAGCGAAGAGAUUGAACGUUUGCGGACUGAUGAACUGUCAGUACGCGAUAACAUCCUCUGGUGAUGUUUACUUGCUCGAGGCGAAUCCUCGUGCAUCAAGAACCGUACCGUUUGUGUCUAAAGCAAUCGGCCAUCCUUUAGCCAAAUACGCUGCACUAGUCAUGUCGGGUAAAUCACUCCAAGAUUUGAAUUUCACCAAAGAAGUCAUCCCGCGCCACGUGUCAGUCAAAGAAGCAGUCCUCCCGUUUGAGAAAUUCCAAGGAGCUGAUGUCCUCUUGGGUCCGGAAAUGCGAAGCACUGGAGAGGUAAUGGGCAUUCACUACGAGUCAUCGAUCGCUUUCGCAAAGGCACAAAUCGCAGCUGGCCAAAAGCCGGCACUUUCCGGAACACUCUUUCUGAGCUUGAACGACAUGACGAAGCCUCACUUGGCUUCGAUCGCGAGGGCGUUCUUGGGAGUCGGGUUCAAUCUGGUGGCGACAUCCGGCACCGCACACGUUCUGGAAUCGGAGAAUAUUCCGGUGGAGCGGGUGUUGAAGAUGCACGAGGGUAGGCCCCACGCUGGGGAUAUGAUUGCAAACGGGCAGGUUCAGAUGAUGGUGGUGACUAGCUCAGGGGACCAGCUGGACCAGAUCGACGGCCGGAAACUGAGGAGGAUGGCGCUUGCUUACAAGAUUCCCGUAAUAACAACUGUUGCCGGUGCUUUGGCUACCGCCGAGGCGAUUAAGAGCAUGAAGAAUAAUAAGAUCGAGAUGACUGCUUUGCAGGAUUACUUCAAGAAAGACGAAGAAAUCGAUGCCGCCACUAAAACUUUGCUGUCUGCAUCAUCUUCAUCUACUUAAGUUGUGUGUCAACAUCUUGUGUUCUUCUGCUCCUUUAUUUUUAUUUUAUUUUAAAUAAAUGUAUUUUUGGACGAAACUACGCCGUUUUGGUAUGUUUGGUUUUUGUGUGUUAUGUGUCUUGAGAUUUACGGUUUUGCCCCUCAGAGUGUGUAAUCUAUGUCUAAGAUUGCCUUCAGUUUGAUUGCACGUGAAAGUACUGUAGGUCAAUUUCUUUUGCUAAAUAUAAUGGCAGAUUGGGGGAAUAUUUUAUUUAUUCCAGAAAUUGCUUUUUAUUA